AGCUGCGUGUCAAACUAAGCGCGCGAAAAAGUUUGUUGUGUCAAGUUAGGUUAAUGUUUCUCUUUAAAAAAUGGAAAUAACAGAAGAUAAAUUAAGUGAACAUUCAGAAGAUGAAAACGAAAUGAAUACACUGAACGUGAACAAAGUACGAAAAAAGCACAAUGUUAUUGAUAGCGACUCAGAAGCUGAAGAAAAUGAUUUGAACGAGAAGGCGCCCCCAGCAUUGGCAGAGCCCUCAGAUGACGAGGAAAAAACUUCCAUUGCUAAUUCCGACGUUGCUAAAAAGAAAUUAAAAAGAAUAUCAAGAAUAAACAGCGACUCAGACGAAGAAAAAGACCAUAAUGAAUCGGUGAUAGAAGAAGAAGAAAUUACGCCUCACAAUAAGAGCUUUCCGGAUGAAGCAACCGCAGUUGAGGCCCUAAUUUACACUACCAACAGCAAAGGCAAAUUGGUCCCAGAAAAUGGUCCCACGAACGCCCAAAAAUCGCGUUAUUCUUUAUAUGAUUCUGAAAGCUCAGAGGACGAAAGAGUCCAAACUACCUUUGAAGAUGUGGACGAAACAGAAUUGCCACCUACAGUUUACAGAAAAUCAAGAAAAAAUGCGGACAAACCUAAAAGAAUGACGCCACAAGAAGCUGCCAAACAAAAAAUUGAAAUUCAGUCCGAAUCUCAACGAAUGUUGCGCGAAUCUAACGUUAGUUUGCCUUAUCACAAGCCAAAAUCUUACACUAUUAAAGAAUUUUUGCAAAAAAGGGCCAAGCUGGCUUCCGCCUUGCCGCUCAUUCCCAAGGCGCCCCCUUCUGUGGCCAUAAAAAUGAGCAAGGAUCAGUUGGAGGAAGUUUCAAAAAAAUUAGAUGAAAGAAUCAAGGAAGUUGAAGAGUUCUACAAGUCUGAGAGUGAAGAAGAAGACGAUGAUACGAAAGAAACAGCACGGGAAGUUAGAAGCUGGCUUGAUUUCUUGGUUGAUAAAGCUGUAGACUCGGUUGAAAGUAAAAUGAGGCAAUUGCUUGUUGAAGAAAAUGGUGAAAAAAAGGUUCAAGAUCAAGAUAAGAAUUAUUCUUCGGAUUUAUUUGACCAGGAGGAUCCAAUGGAAUGUUCACAUAAUGAAGAGAAUUCCGAGGUGCCGAAAGAAAUUGAAGAAAUUCCCAAAAAAGCCAACACUUUGGAGUUAUUGAGAGACAAACUUAAUCUCCAGCCUAAAUUAUCAGGAACUCCUGAUGAUAUAAUUGAUUUAGAAGCAGGUGUUACAAAACCUAACGAAGUCAAAAAAUUAGUAGAAAAAUAUUUCCAACACACCGCGAAAAAAGUUUCACACAAGCACAAAGUUCAUUUAGAUGUUCUUGGGGUCGGAAAAGGAGGUGAAAUAAUCAAAGAAACGGUUUCAAUGAAUGUGGAUGAUGAUGAAGAGGAGCCUCCGUUAGUUGAAACACCUGGCGCAAAAUUACAGAGACUGAGAGAAGAAUUACAAGUACAAAUGGCCCAAAAACGACUAGAAAUGUGGAAACAAAAACAAGACCAAGGCGAUAUUCUUGUCUCUGAGAAAAAACUAGAAGAUGAGGAUGGAAACACUGAAAAAGAUAUUUUAGACGACGAAGACGAAGAAUUCGAAAUGACUGAAUCAGAGUCGGAGGAAGAAGACGAAGAAGAAUACGACCUAAAACCAGAGAAACCAAAAGUGAAAUCUGCUUUCAUUGACACGGAGGCCGAAGAGGAUGAUCCCGAAGAAAUAAAUGAAGACGAUGAAGAAACAGGGAUGGACAUUGUUGAAGAAAAUGAAGAAGCUGGUGGAGAAGAUAUCGAAAACGACGCUGAUGAUGAAGCUGUGGAUAACGAAGACUUGGAAAGCCCCAGAAGGAAGGUUUUAAGGCGAAUUGUGAAACCCUUCACUGAAGAUUCAGACGAUGAAGAAACUGAGUCUGGUCAGAAAAUUGUAAAAUAUUACACAACCGAUGAUGAUGAUUUGUUGCCACCAAACCUCCCACGUGUAAACACAACACCUCAGCGCCCCCAAAUCGAAAAAAACAAAUCCGAAUUCGAUUUUUUAACACCUGUGACUUACUUAACAGGGCUCCAAAACCUAAAUUCAGACUCAAAGUUGAAUCAUUCUCCAUCCGAGUCUGAGAAAAACAAUUCAUUUUCGGAAAAAUUUGCAGAACUGCCGGACACACAAGGCAAAAUCGACGAGUUGGCCGAAUUGUGUUCGGGUAAAUUUCCCGAAACGCAAAACUGUGUUGAAAAAGUGGAAGAGCUGCCACCAACCACUCAAGAACUGUUAAAUGUGUGUUCUGGUGAUUUUGUAACAAUGACUGAAAGUGGGGACACAGUUUCACAAUUUGCGAAACCAUCUUCAGACAAGCUUACAGUUCACACAAGCGCUGACAAGGAAAUUAAGAACCUUGACGAAGAUCAGGACCAAAUCAUCUCGCAAUUGCUCGAUGAAGACGAGUUGGAGCGUUUUAAGAAAAAAUUUGAAUCGCCGGUUAAUCCAACAGUUCGGAAAACCCAACUUUUGGAAGAUAUCGAAGAAGUUAACGCCACGGGUCUCAUUAAUUCCGAUGACGAGAAUGACGGACUUGAGGUCAAAAAGAAGAAGCGGCAGAAGAAAUUGGUUUUCUCGGAUGAUGAAGAAAAUUCCGAGGUUGAUGAGACGGAACCGGAGGAAGAAGAAAUCGACUUGCACGAUAAUGUUAUUGACGAUGAAGAACAACAGUUGGAAAAUGAAGUGGCAGCGCAGGAAUCGUCAAAUUUCAAACUGGGGGAUUUCUUGGACCAGGAGGCAGAAUUGUCGGAGUCUGAGUGGGGGAGCGCUGAUGAAGACGAGAAAGGUUUAGAUGAGCUGGAUUUCGAAGAAGGGGAUGAAGACAAGUUUAACGAGAAGAAAAUAAGGACCGAAAUUGAGAGAAUCCACAUGCGCCAAAUGUUGGACGAAGAUAAUCGAGAAGUGAAAAUACUCCAAGAAUUGUUACUCGAAGACGGAGAGUUACACGGCACUGGGCGAAAGAGACAAUUUCGUUGGAAAGCUUUAGACUCACAAGACAACGGCGAGUUUGACAAAAAGGACGACGACGACAUAUUUUUGGACGAGGAAGAGAGUGAAGAACAUUUCCGAAAAAUGCGGCACAAGAGAGAAAUGUUUUUGAAGAAAAAGGUUGAAACGGACGACGAUGACACUCUUCUAAGUGAUAGUAAAAUUUUAAAAGUAGGUCAAAAAUUAUUACAGAUUAAAUCUUCAACGUCCCAAAGUAGCACACCUGCACCUUCUGACAAGACUGAGGAGGCUAAUGAACCGUUUAGUCUACUAUUGACUAAGAGAGGGUCGUUUUUAACCCGAAAGGAUCAUGUCUUACAAAGAUUAGCCGAGUAUAAUAAAGUAACAACUGUUGGAAGUACGGCCAAAAAUUCGAAACGUUUCGUUUUCCAAACUAUUGCAACAGCGGAAGAAAGUAUCACAGUUAAGGACAAUAACAAUAAAAGGAAAGCGGCCGAAAGUACGCCGAUUGCAAUAAAAAAAUUGCGACUUGAUGAUUUAAGUCCGGCUGGUGGUAAGAAAGGCGGGCAAAAUCCACGAGCGAAGAAACUGUUCGGAAAAUGGUGAUAUUUUUAUUUCAUGUACCUAAUAAUAAUGAAUUGUACGAUUAUAGUUUAAAUAAAGUUUUCUUUUUCUUAAAAA